AUGGUGACCUUUAAAAAAAUUGCAGUUUUGCUUGUCUCGUUGGGGUGCAUAGCUGCUACAAAGCCCCUUUCUUCCGAUGAUUGUAACGUCAAGCGUUUUCAAAGCUUCAUUAAUACCAAUGGAACCGAUGCAACCGUGCAGUCAGCUACCUAUGUUCCUGCAAAUGGAUAUCUCAACCCAAUGAACUACUCUUCAUCGACAGAGUUUCCCACGAACCUUCCUGAAUCUUGUGCGGUUCAAAUCAGCGUUGCAUCUGAGGGAAGCUCAAGCUACCUAGUUGGCAUCAUAUUGCCAUAUGAGUGGAAUGGACGUCUACUCUCUGCUGCCGCUGGAGGAGGAAUCAACUGGGUUGACAUGGUUCGUGGCCCACAAACAUUGUCCGUUCGAUUGCUUACCGAGGUACCUCACCAGGGCACUGGGACACACUAUGGAUUUGCUACUUUAUCCAGCAACUUGGGUCAUGUUGGAAUCGACACGGCUGGUACAUGGGCGGUUAAUAGACCGGAAUCUGUCAUUGAUUGGGGCUAUAGAGCAUGGCACGGUACCACCGUCUUGGGCAAGUUGUUGAUCAACGAAUGGUACGGCACUCCUUCCAAAUACAACUAUUUCUACGGCUGCUCUACUGGGGGACGCCAGGGCAUGAAGAAUCUUCAGACGUACCCUGAUGAUUAUGAUGGCAUUAUUGCUGGAGCCCCAGCAUGGUGGACGACCCAUCAGCAAUUGUGGAAUUUGAAGCAAACCGUUUAUCAAGCACCAGCAGAUUCGGCGCACACCAUUCCAGAGAAAACGUUUGAUCUUAUUGCUGCAGAGGCAAUCAAGCAAUGCGACGGGCAAGAUGGAUUGGUUGACUCUAUAAUCUCUGACCCUCAGGGUUGCAAUUUCGACCCCAAUACCCUAGCUUGCAACGCGACAAGUAUCACUGGGGAGUGCCUUACUUCGCCACAGCUGUCCACGCUUUUCAAGCUUUACAAUGAUUGGGUCGAUGUUAACCAGACAUAUGUCUAUGGGCACAUGUGGCUUGGCAGCGAAGCCUCUUGGUUACUAGGGAAUAUCGGACUUGGAAGAAAUACGACAAUUGAACAACAAUAUUGGUAUCCCCGAGACAUCCUGGGUCUUGGGGAGGACUUUACUUGGGAAGAUCUGAGCUACAAGACCGUUGAGUUGGCCGACAGGCUGAACCCUGGCAAUGCAACAGCCGACAAAUUUGACAUCAGCGAUUUUUACAACCGCGGUGGAAAAUUCCUACACUACCACGGAAUGUCCGACGCUUACGUCUCCCCGGAUGCCAGUAUUUACUACUACAAUCAAGCCUCCAGUGCCAUGAAGCCCCAGGGAGUUGACAUGGACGACUUUUAUCGUUUGUUCCUUGUUCCCGGGAUGGAGCAUUGUUUGUCCACUCCAGACGAGGUGAAUGCCCCAUGGUAUUUUGCCGGACCUGACCAAGCCGCAACCAUUAACACUGGAACGUACAGUACCCCUGGGUACCGAGAUGCGCACCAUGAUAUUGUCCUAGCUAUGAUGGCCUGGGUCGAGAAUGGCACGGCCCCUAACGACAUCAUCGCGACCAAGUGGAAAAACGAUACGAGUGCGAGCGAGGUUCUGCGCCAACGCCCCAUCUGCCAUUAUCCAUACCAAGCCAAACACAAUGGCAAGGACGAACCAAACGACGCGGCAAGUUGGUCAUGCGAGACUUUGUUCUAG